CAAUACGAGGUUAAUGUGUGGUCUUCUCUAUCAAACAUGAAUUCAAUCAUCAGUUAGCAGCCAAAUACUCAGAAUACCAAAAGUCAAAUUGUUGAAAAACAGCCCUCGGAAGACACUUUUGGGUCAGGUGUAUCCAGUUGAAAGAAGAUAUUCAGACCGGUUGAGUGUAAAGCAUUAUCACGCGCACAGCUGCAGGAUUUGAGUCGACGGAAACAGUUUUGCCGUGGCCUAUUCCGUUGCAGCCAACGGAAAACGAACAACAGAAACCGCUGAAAGGUUUCCCUUUGUGGUUCCGACCAGCUCCUUCGGAAUUUUCGCAUCGGUGAGAGAGAAAAGCGUUUGCAUAUCCAUCUCCUAUUUAAGCUUGGGAGGUUGAGUCUUAUUUUUCUUCCUGCACUUCUUUUCUCUUCAGCUGGAUCUAUUUCGUGCUCAUCAUAAACAAAAGCUCUUAUUGAAAUAAAGCUAUCUUCACCAUGGAUUCAUCCAAAGUUAUUUCUAUUGUCUUGGCAAUAUUGUUGCCCCCAUUAUCUGUUUAUUUGCAAAGAGAUUGCGGCAGGGACUUGUUGAUCAAUGUUCUUCUUUGUUGUUUUGUUUGGUUCCCAGGUAUUCUUCACGCUCUAUAUAUCACCUUUACAAAUUAAAUAAAACUUAGUUGAUGAGUUGCACCAUGACUGGUAGACACUCUGUUUAGAACAUUGACACUAUAUUCUUUUUUUUUUGUUGUUCAAUCUUGCCCUUCGCUGUUUUUUGAUUUA